GGGCGUUUUUCCACAGGGAACAAGAUGGCGCCUCGCUGAAUGAAAGUGAUGAAUUUCAGAAAAACGGACAAAACACCUGAAGCUAACACACCUGGACAAGUGUCUCCACUGACUGCAGAGGCCGAACCCUGGUUGGCAUCGACAACAUUAUAUGACUGAAAGACAGUGACAAGGGAACUGCUGAGGUCACAGAUGAACCAGGAGCUACCCAGAUGAACCGGCAGCACUGUUAACAAGCUAAUGGCACCAAGUGAAAGCCUUCUAAAUUCCCAGGAGUUCACCACCUUCCCACAAGCGUUCAAGCCUGCCAUAUAAUCAGCCAACAAAAGCUACUAAGCACCUUGGUGAGGAUGGAUGAUCCACGCUGAGACCAAAAACAGCCACCAGGUGUUUACACUUGUCUUGCAGGAAGCUAAUUUGACUUUCCCAACACAAGAUAGACUUUCUCUCAGGGGCAAACCCAUAACAAACGGACAGAGAGACAUGCCUCCACAAGAUUUCCUGCUCUUGCACAUUGCCGCUGGUAUUUCCAGUUCAUGUGGUGUGGGCCGCAUCAUGUGAGGCCUCCUUACCAAGAUUGCAGCUAUGAUUUUAUUGCAGUCUUGAUUAGGCACAUGUGACUAACUGCAAACCCCUGUUGGCAACGGGUGAGCGGUUGGCAGAAAGCAGAGGUCUUCCAGAGCUCUGAGUUGUAACGAGAUUCAGCCUCGCGGGUUCACGAGGCGAGACCCGUUCCUCGGGAAUUUGAUUCCUCUGGCCGUGUGGAACAAAGUUGGCCCAACUCACUUCAUUUCACACAUUAACUGUUGUGUUUGCGUAGAAGAGAGGCAUUUUCAUUCUGCAGGCGGUCUCCACUACCUCACGGAAGAAAAAUGCUAGCCCGGCUUCACUUCCCAUGGAAAAACCAGCCAAGACAACUCGGUGAGAGAGGGAAAAUAUUGGGGUCUUUUAAAUGCAAAAAUUCUGAGGGGAGGAAAUGGAAAUAUGACCAUUUUCCUGACAUGAAAAGCAGAGCACAUCAAGACUCAAUCAUGAUAUUUUCAAGAAUAGCUUGGACCUCAUUCUCUUCCCGUGGACUGUUUUUCCAGGAGAUGGGGGGGAAAGAAAUGGAAAAAGACACAGUUAUGAUUUGUAUCAUGAUGGAUGCCAACACAAAUUGGGUAGCCAUUUUUUUCACUCCCUGUUAGACGCUGCUGCAUAAAAACAGCCAUUAUACAUUUACCACAUCAAAGGACCAUUCAAAUUUCUAUCAUACACACUUCAGAGUGGGGGAGCCGGAGAAAAGAGGGAGAACCAAAUGGGAGCAACCUUUUAAAACAAUAAAAUGGGGGUGGUGCAUUUCAAGGAAUCAAAGUGAGUAGAGGGGCUGUGAUGCUACUGCACUCUUGUGUGGUCCCACUUUCCCUGUCUCUCUCUCUCUCUCUCUCUCUCUCCCCCGGCUCUUCCUCUUUCCCUCACAUUUUCUCUUCCCUCUUUUGUGGCUCUAAGCCUAUGAGCUGGCGUGGGCCCUUCCUUACUACACACCCAGCGGGGCUUUAAAAAGGCAGGGCCGGAGGUCUUUGCAGCCACACACACUCUCCGCCUGUGCUUGUGUCUUUUGGUCUCGCCGUGGUGCUGUGAAAGCCGGCUGUGUCAACCUCUCCAUCCUCCAGGUCGCUCGGAUUAGAGAUGCAGACGCCACACUGCAGGGCCCCCAAUCUCCUGCUCAUCCUCCUGGGCCCCACACUGCUGGCCGUGGGCCUGGCCGCCAUGGAGAGCCAAGCGCUGUACGAACUUGAGAGGGAACCGGCGUAUUGGGAUGCUCAGGCCAGGGCAACACUGGAUGCUGCGCUGAAGCUCCGCCCUCGGGAGCACCAGGCCAAGAACAUCAUCCUGUUCCUCGGCGACGGGAUGGGUGUGUCCACGGUGUCGGCAGCUCGAAUUCUACGAGGUCAGAUGGAAGGCGGAUCAGGGGAGGAGACAAUGCUGGCCAUGGACACCUUCCCAUAUGUGGCCCUGUCAAAGACCUACAGUGUGGAUAAGCAGGUGGCAGACAGCGCCAGCACAGCUACAGCCUACCACUGUGGGGUGAAGGCCAACGCCAAGACAGUGGGGCUCAGUGCUAAAGCAGUGGCGUACGAAUGUAACACCACCUUUGGUAACGAGGUGUACUCAGUACUACGGCGUGCUAAAGCACAAGGUAAAUCGGUUGGCAUAGUGACCACCACCCGCGUCCAGCAUGCCUCCCCGGCCGCUGCUUAUGCCCACUCUGUCAGCCGCAGUUGGUACAGUGAUGCAGAUCUUCCUCCCAGCGCUCACCGGCAGGGCUGCGUCGACAUUGCAACCCAACUGGUCACCAAUGUUGACAUUGAUGUGAUUCUGGGAGGAGGGAGGAUGUACAUGACACCAAGAGGGACCUCAGACCCCGAGUACCCAACCUCCAACUCUCGCAAGGGGGACCGCAAAGACAAGAGAAACCUCAUUAACGUGUGGCUGAAGGCUAAACCUAACAAGAAGUCACACUAUGUUUGGCACAGGAAGGAGUUUGACGAGAUAAAUGUUAAAGCUACUGACCGGCUCAUGGGUCUGUUCGAGCCGAAGGACAUGCGAUUUGAGGUUUUCCGGAACAGCACACGCGACCCCUCCAUUGUGGAGAUGACAGAGAAGGCCAUACAAAUCCUCAGCAAGAAUCCCAAAGGAUACUUCCUGUUUGUGGAAGGAGGGAGAAUUGAUCAUGGCCACCAUGACGGCAUCGCCAAACUGGCACUGACAGAAGCUGUGAUGUUCGACCGAGCCAUCCAGCGUGCUGCACAGCUAACCAGAGAAUCCGACACUCUCACUGUGGUCACAGCUGACCACUCCCACGUCUUCACGUUCGGUGGUAACACACCUCGAGGGAAUCCCAUCUUCGGUCUGGCACCAAAGAAAGCCGAUGACAAAAUGCCUUUCACCAGCAUCCUGUAUGCCAACGGUCCUGGUUAUGUCCAUAUAAACGGAACCAGAGGCAACAUCUCAAUGGUAGAUUAUUACGACGAGGAGUACAUGCAGCAGGCUGCUGUCCCAUUGGAUGCCGAGACGCACGGCGGGGAGGAUGUGGCCAUCUACGCCAAAGGCCCAAUGGCUCACCUGUUCCAUGGGGUGAAGGAGCAGAACUACGUGGCGCACGUCAUGGCAUACGCUGCCUGCUUAGAACCCUACACAUACUGCCCUCCUCGCCCCCACAGCCGCACCUCAAGCGGGUGUGUGAACACAACGUCGAGCCUCCUGUUUGGCCUGCUUAUCCUCCUCUGGUUACUUAGAUGACCCCGAAAACACAUACACACACACACACUAAUAUGCACACACACGUACAUUGUAUGCAUGCAGCAAUACAGACACUUAAUGCACUCAACAUUCAUUAAGUACAUGCACACACUUUAACGGUACGCACACAGGCUGGCAAGUCAGACCGCAGGGAUUAACACACACAUUACUGUAUGUUAAAUAUACCCACAUACAUCCUGAUAACUCAGUGUGCACUCACAUGAGCUUGUAACCUAGAUUGCAUCCAAAAUCCAGGCUUAAACAUGCACGUAGUGGCGCUUAUUUAGGUACAAACUAACAAACAGGAAGGCAUUCACAUGCACACCACUCUUUAAGAAACACUGCUGCCAUUGUAGCGCCAUCUGCUUUUUCUUCACAGGGACUUUUUCAAACCUGUACCUGCAACAUGACUACUAACAUGCACUAACUAGUUCUUUCAUUAGUUAGUUAGAUUUUUAUUAUUCUCCCCCUGUUUUCCAAAGUUAAAUAGUUAAAUACAAACUCUGCUACUAUGCCGCUCACUCAGAGCAAUCAGUCAUUUGCAAGAAGUUGUAAUAAGUAUUGACACAUUAAUCCGAGGCUGCACUCAGAUUAACUUGAAAGAAACAAGCAGGCUGAGGGCUCAAUGUUCAGCUUGUGGACAUUUAGACGGGACACACAGCUGUUGAUGUACAUGAUCGUCAUUGUCCACAUGGAAUGAAUGACCAGACGGUACCAGAACUAUGAGCCACCGUGCCAUGCCAAAGCUGCGACACCAACAGUCCUUACAAGAACUCAUCAACAUGCUGUACCUCCUUCAGGAAUGAAAAUAUGUAGCUUUUAAGGUUUUGUUUUUUGUAUCUUGACCUCAUUGGCUCCAAAUAGUAAAUCUGUUUUCUGUCAGAUCACUUGAUAUGUAAUCUAUUUGGAUUGUACAUGAAUGUAUUUUAUUAGCAAAUAUUUUGUCAAUGUAUUUUUAUA